GGGGCUUUGCUUGCUUGGGUUGUUAGGCGAGAGGGGCGGAGAGCGUGCUUAUCUUUUGUUUGUUUCUUUGUUGUUUGUUGAGCAAAAUCCUCUCUUUGGUUCCUUGUUUAUCUAUCUCUUGCCACUCUCUCGUGCUGCGUGCCAAUCCCCAUCCCAAAUCCCAAAUCUCAAAUCUCCCCGGAGAAGUAUAUACCCAACAACCAACCAAGGAGAGCAGAGCAGCCAAGCAAGCAAGCGGAACGGAUGGCGAUGGCGGCGUCGGCGGUGAAGGCGGCGGCGGCGGACGGCGUGGUGACGUUCCUGUGGGUGCUGUGCGUGUCGACGCUGGGCGCCUCGACGGCGGCCGUGACCCGCUACCUCAGCCUCCACGAGGAAGGCGCGGCGUACGCGCUGCUCGUCACCGUCUCCCUCCUCUCGCUCCUCCUCUUCGCCUUCAACCUCCUCUGCGACGCCCUCGGCGGCGCCAGCUUCAACCCCACCGCCCUCGCCGCCUUCUACGCCGCCGGCCUCACCUCCCCUUCCCUCUUCUCCGUCGCCCUCCGCCUCCCCGCCCAGGCGGCCGGCGCCGUGGGCGGAGCGCUGGCCAUCUCGGAGCUCAUGCCGGCGCAGUACAAGCACAUGCUCGGCGGGCCCUCGCUCAAGGUGGACCCGCACACGGGCGCCGUCGCCGAAGGGCUGCUCACCUUCGUCAUCACCCUGGCCGUCCUCUGGAUCAUCGUCAGGGGGCCGCGCAACGCCGUCCUCAAGACCGCCAUGCUCUCCGUCUCCACCGUCUCCCUCGUCCUCGCCGGCGCCGCCUACACCGGGCCCUCCAUGAACCCUGCCAACGCGUUUGGCUGGGCGUAUGUUAACGAUCGUCACAACACCUGGGAGCAGCUGUACGUCUACUGGAUAUGCCCCUUCGUCGGCGCCACUCUCGCCGCGUGGACCUUCAGGGCUGUGUUCCCGCCACCAGCGCCUAAGCCCAAGGCCAAGAAAGCAUGAUCAAGUGAAGCACAAACUUGAAACCCAACAAUUGGGUUCAAAUGUCGGAUCUGAAGAAGCCAACAUGAUUUGCUAGGGAGAAUACAGAGAAUAAUUUGUGACACUGUAUUUAAUCACCUCAACCUUACACCAAUGUGUUAACUUAAAGUGGUCAUUCAUCAGUCAUCCAUGUUUGAUGUCUAAUUCUGGUU